AUGUACUCACGUACAAUACAACAAAUCAUAGGCCGGGCUAAACUUGGUAAUCCAAACAAACAUAUCCACUCUUUGGGCCUGGAUUUGUUUGGAGCUUUGAAUUUCAAGCCCAUUUUGUCAUCCGUUUGUAAAAGGGUCCAAAGGGAAACAUUACAUCACGUGCUUCUCACGCUGGCGCUAACUUCACUCUCUCAUCAUCACUCCCAAUUUAUCAAAACACACAAUUUCUCACAUUCACAUUCAUCUCCUCCAUCAAAAAUCAAUAAUAUUUUGUCAAUUUUAAUCCACAUAACAACUUCAUUUCCACUAAUAAAGGAAGCCGGUUCAUGUGAGCGAAUAAUUUCAGAUUUCAGUGAUACACUAAUGGAUCGCAUGGUCUUAAACAAAGCUGAUCACACAAAUGCCAUCCAAGUAAGAACUGAGUGAUGCUGUUAUGGAGCUUUCCCAAAAACAGGCACUUUGCAAGUGGAACAGACCCUACAACAGGAGUCAGCAUGAGAACAAGUUUAGGGUGUGGAAACAGCAGACGUAAUGCCUACGAUAGUCCAUCACUCCAUCUUCCCCAUUGUUAAGCGCCCCACCAUAGGAACUUCUGGAACCAUGACGGAUUAUGUGAUGAUGGCGCAGGACUAUGUGACGCAAAGUAAUUAACUGAUUAUAUACCCCAACAACAAAACAUCAUGUAUGUAUCCAAGAACAUUAUUAUUCAUAUUCAUAUUCGCAUAAAAACAUGUGGAACAGAAAACAAAUUAUUCACAUGGCAUUAAACAUUCAAACUAUAAAAGUACUGUAUCAUAAAUAGUACGAUCGAGUAUAAUACAUUACCUGUCUUCUCCGGA